AUGUCUUGGAAAUAUUCAUCAUGUCUACCGAGAGAUAAUCUAUCAUCGAGAGAUUCUAAAUUUGGAAUGUUAAAUGCAAAAUCGUCAAAUUUCGACAGACGAAGCGUAUGGUCGUCGAGUCUAACGGGUGACAAUAGUAAAUUUCUAAGGGGUAAAGGGGAAACGACGGAUCACGGUCCCGUUUGGUCGAGAACAAACGACAAUCAAGCAUCGGUUCAAAGGUUAAAGGAACGUUACAAUGGAACCGAUGACAUUGGGAGAGAUGUGAAAACUAUAAAAAGAACGGAAACGAAAGAAUUACCGGUCACGAAAUCCGGGAAAUUUUACGGGAGAUCGUACACGUCGUUAAACAUCGAUGAAAAACCAUCGGAAACGAAUUCGAGUUAUUCGAAAUUUAGAAGAAAAUUAAAUGACAAAUCUCCCGCGGAUUUGGAUUUGGGGAAACAACACACGUACGAAUCGAAAUUUAACAUAAAUUUACAAUCUCCGACUUCGCCGAUGAAAUCAUCCUUAUAUUCGAGUGAUUCGAAAUUACCCCUUAAAAAAUACGCGACGGAUUUUAGUCCGACGAGUUUGGAAAACUCAUCGAGAGGAGAUGAAAUUAAAAUAAAUAAUAAUAAUAAUAAAUCCAAAAAUCAUCAGGAAAAUUUAGUUACCGUCGUGACUCGAGGCACGUCGCCGACUCCGACCGUAUCGACUGUUUAUUUGAGAUCGAAAAGAUUUGAUUAUGGGUUGGAAAAAACAAUAUCGAGACCAUUAAAAAAACCGGAAAUGGUGAACAAAGAAGUACAAACCGACAGAGAAGACUUUUCCAUAUCGAAAUAUUCCCUUUUAUGUGAUAACGUUCGUACAAAACCUAAAACCUCAUACGUAGACAAAUACUCGCCUAGCACUUUAUACACUCCUAAAUAUUCAACCAGGAAUACAUACGGGACGGAUGUUAAAAAAGAAUAUGGUAGUAACACGUUGGGGGAAACUAAUUUAAACGCUGCUAAAAGAUCCGUCAGUCGAGAAGAACAAUCGGAUGUUCCAACCACUCCGGACUCACCGAAUAAAAUCGCGUUGGGAAGACCGCCCUCCAUAUUAAAAACUCCCACGGGAUCUUUUAUAAGAGAUCCGGAUUCGAAAUUGACCGUGAGAAGGUCGCCGCCGUCGAGCUUUCGUUCAUCAUCAUUUAUGACUGAUAACAAUUCGUCAAAAACAGAUUUGCAGAGCAAAAGUCCGACAUCCCCGAAAUCCCCGAUUGCGACUCCUUUGCAAUGUAAAAUAACACACACGGAACCAGUUAUGAGUGUUAACAAAGUCAUCAACGAAAAUCACCCACCGCCCAUAAAUAUAGUCAAUUGUUCGGACAUGCAUGCUAUUGACGUGUCAUCAGCGAGCGAAUCGUCGGAAGAAGAAGAAGAAAGUUCAAGUGACGAAUCCGACAAUCAAACAACGUCAUGUACGCCCAUGAUGGCGGCAAAAAAAAGCAUAUCCAAUUUUUUGCAAAAUAUUCCCCACGCACUAAGACAAAGUCAAUCGAGAUCGAAUUUAUAUGCGAAAUCGAAUAAUCCGUCGACUCAAAAGUCAAAAUUUCAUAGGAUAAGCUCCGGUGAAAAACCUUGGUGGUUAGAUAAUAAUAAUGAUAGAGUUCCUGAUGGCGUUAUUGUUAGAAUGCCAAGCGUUCGCUCCGUUCCAAACACUUCCGUACCUGAAUUCCAAGGUUCGAAAUCGCCGACGUCAAAAAAUUUCUCUCUUAUGUCCACGUUAACAAACGGAAAUAGUUGGCCGAAUGAGGAAACGUCAAAAUCGUCAGAAUUUUUAACAUGUCAACAAAAGACAAAAUCGAAAGAUAGUUUAUGCGGUUCUCGCACCGAUGUAACCGAUAAUAAUAAUAAUAAUAAUAAUUACGAUCAAUUAUCAAGCCCUAUUCCGAAUAAUAAUCAUUUUACGAAUAACAAUAUUAAUAUUAAUAAUAAUAAUAAUUUUCUCAACGAAAAUGAUUUACAUUCUCCCAUGAAGUUUAAUUUACAAAUUUCUCGAGAAUGUUCCGUGAUAGACGUAGCGCAACAAAAUGGCCUGGUUAGCCCGUUCGAUGAUAAAAAUAUUCUCGAUCCCGGCGGUUUGGCGGGAUUGGUAUCGAGGGCUAAAAAUGAUCUCAACAAGUUAGACGUGAAAAAAAGUUCUUCCCGCGAAAUGUCACCGAUAAUUAUCGAUCCGAAAUCCGAAGUUGAUCUUUAUUGGGAAGAAAUUGCAGAAUCCGUAAAUCGUCCCCUACGAUUGUGCGAUUUGGAUUUCACGGAUUUGAAUUCCGACGACGAAACCGACAUAUUGGGAAGUUUUAAAAUGAACGGAGAUGUACCGCCGCCGCCCCCACCCAUGCUCAUAUUACCCGUAUUACCGGCGAUGAUGAUGCCGACGAACAUGCCCGCGGCACCACCCGUUUCGACAAACAAUCAACCGUUUGUAAGGAAUAACGUUAAAGCUCCCGCACCCCCACCGGCACCUCAAACUUUAAAAAAUAAAAAAACCGUUAAAUUAUUUUGGAAAGAAGUUAAAGAUGAUUUUGGAACGAUGUUAAAAACAAAAGGACAAAACGUGGGAGGAUCGAUAUGGGAUGAACUGUCGCCCGUUAAAGUCGAUACGCAAAAAUUAGAACAUUUAUUCGAAUCGAGAGCUAAAGAUCUCACUUCGAAGAAAAGUUCAGGUCAGAAUAAUGCAAAAGAAAUCAUAGUUUUGGAUCCCAAAAGGUCAAAUGCUAUUAACAUCGGUAUGACAAAAUUACCACCUCCACGUGCCAUAAAGACUGCCAUAUUAAAAAUGGAUUCCACGGUUGUCAACAAAGAAGGCAUAGAAAAAGUUUUAACAAUGUUACCAACCGAAGAGGAAAGGAUUAGAAUACAAGAAGCACAAAAUUUAAAUCCGGACAUACCCUUGGGAUCCGCCGAACAAUUUCUACUCACUUUGGCAUCCAUAAGUCAAUUGGAAGCAAGACUUCGUUUAUGGGCUUUCAAACUAGAUUUUGAAAUAAGCGAAAAGGAAAUAUGCGAGCCUCUCAUGGAUUUAAAACAGGGAAUGGAAAUAUUAAGAACAAAUAAAACAUUCCGUGGAAUAUUGAGCACACUAUUAUCCAUCGGAAACUUUCUCAACGGUUACGACGUUAAAGGUUUUCAAAUCGAGUACCUAUCGAAAGUACCAGAAGUUAAAGACACCGUACACAAGCAUUCUUUACUUCAUCAUUUGUGCAUAAUCGUUAUGGAGAAAUUUCCAGACUCGACGGAUCUUUACUCGGAAAUAGGAGCAGUGACGAGAGCAUCGAAAGUCGAUUUUGACGAAAUUGCAUUGAAUAUAAAAAAACUCGAAGAAGACUGUAAGUUAUCGUGGAGUUACCUUAAAAUGAUAGCAAAACACGAAGGACAUACGGCAAUGAAAGUGAAGAUGUCAGACUUUUUGGCGGAUUGUGCAGAAAGAAUAAUAAUAUUAGGAAAAGUUCAUAAAAAAAUAAUGAACAGGUUUAAUAAAUUUGCUUACUGGUUGGGAGUUCCACUCAAUAGAAUAUCAACUACGAGACCCCACGAAAUAUUUAAAAUCGUAUCGGAAUUUGCAUUAGAAUUUCGUACGACGAGAGAUCGAGUUUUACAACAUAUAAAAAAAAUAAAUCGUGAAAAAUCAAGAACGAAAAUUCACGCAUCGAACGACACAAACGAUAUGAACGGAAGAAAAAUGAAUUCAAAAGAAGCAAAAGACGAUGAAAAACUAAAACAAUUAUUAGGUACGGACACGACUUAUUCGGAUUAUUCGAACGCGCCAAGAUGGCGGAGGCAGAAGAAACAAUCGAGUGAGUUACCAUAA